GCACGGGCCAUGUAUCUCUUCGUCGGCUCUUGGUUGGCUCAGACUGGCUGGUUUUUCAGAGCGGGUGCCUUUUGGCGCCCAUCGUUGAGACCAUAGACUUGCACCGAACCGCCGGCGGCUGGUGCAGACAGCCAAUGGUGGAGGGGAAAGCGAAGCUUGGCAUGCACCUCUUGCUGUGUUUUCACAGUCUGGCGGCCAAUGAAUGUUGGGAGACUUCUAAGCGCCAGCAGAAUUGUUUCUCAUGGUUUGAUGGGGAACAAGAAGGGCGAAAUCGAACAGUAUGCCCCCCAUCAGAGCUACAAAGCGAUGAAAAACGGGAAGAUAGUGCUGAAGAAGAGGUGCUGCUUAUUGAAAUAGACGUGGGUUGAUGUGUCUGAGUACGGCAGGAAGAGAUUGUGCU